UCGCCUCUGCCCUCACUUUCACCGUGGCUCUGGAAACCUCAACAAACGAUAACUCCGUUUUAAAUUUUAAAAGAAAAAAAAAGAAAUUACAACGAUCGCCGGCCACCGGUCAAGGCCGUGAGUUUGACCGAGGAGCUUAGGUCUGCGUUUUUUUUUUCUUGGAAGUCGGAUGGCGUCCGGAGAGGAUGUAAAGAGAAGUGAGGCCGCGGUUUCGACGAUCGUGAAUCGUGCUGAAGAGGCCAAGCUCGCUAGUGAAGGAGUGAAAGCGCCGAGCCACGCGCUUCUUUCUAUCUCCAAGUCUCUUGCCGCAGGGGGCAUCGCCGGUGGAGUGUCGCGUACUGCUGUUGCUCCCUUGGAGAGAUUAAAAAUUUUGCUCCAGGUUCAAAAUCCUCAUAGUAUAAAAUACAAAGGAACAAUCCAGGGCUUGAAAUAUAUAUGGAGAACUGAGGGUUUUAGAGGGUUGUUUAAAGGCAAUGGCACUAAUUGUGCUCGCAUUGUUCCAAACUCAGCAGUCAAGUUCUUUAGUUAUGAGGAAGCAUCUAAGGGUAUCUUAUGGUUUUACCGCCAACAAUCAGGAAAUGAAGAGGCAGAGCUCACUCCUCUUCUACGCCUUGGAGCUGGUGCAUGUGCUGGAAUCAUUGCUAUGUCAGCCACUUACCCGAUGGACAUGGUACGAGGUCGGCUAACUGUUCAGACAGACAAGUCUCCUCACCAGUAUAGAGGAAUCUUCCAUGCACUGUCAACAGUCCUCAAAGAAGAAGGUCCCCGGGCUUUGUACAAAGGAUGGCUUCCUUCUGUCAUUGGAGUUAUACCAUAUGUGGGUCUGAAUUUUGCUGUUUAUGAAUCUCUGAAAGAUUGGCUGAUCAAAUCUAAAGCAUUUGGGCUUGUUGAAGGGAACAACGAGUUGGGUGUGACAACUAGGCUUGCAUGUGGAGCUGCUGCUGGAACUGUUGGCCAGACAGUUGCUUAUCCUUUGGAUGUCAUCCGAAGAAGAAUGCAGAUGGUGGGCUGGAAAGAUGCUGCUUCUGUUGUGACUGGAGAUGGAAACAGCAAGGCAGCCCUUGAAUAUACUGGCAUGGUUGAUGCUUUUCGGAAAACAAUUCGGAACGAGGGGUUUGGAGCAUUGUACAAGGGUUUGGUUCCUAAUUCAGUGAAGGUGGUUCCUUCCAUAGCCAUUGCAUUUGUAACAUACGAACUGGUGAAGGAUGUUCUUAGAGUUGAGAUGAGGAUAUCUGAUUGAAAGCAAAGAGAUGUUCCAAACUUUUCGAAAACUUCUCUGUUUGUCCUGCAAGCAACCAGAAUAUUAUAAGCGAACUGUCAGGUAUUAUCGAAUUUGGGUGUUGGGGAAAAUUUAGAAUCCCACCUUUGGUAAGCGUUGAUAUCCCUCCCUGGUUAUACCUAUUUAUCAGGAUCUAAACCUAGCUUAGUUUUUAGCCUAAAUUCAUACGUUCUAUGACAAUAAAGUAUUUAUAAGAGAAUGAUGCACCGGAUGCGUCCUAGUAGUUUUGAUGGGAGUUUGAGGUUAAUUAUUUCCCAUUUCAUUUGGGGACAGGUUUGUUAGUAUAAUCUAAUGCUUUCAAACAUAUUUGACUCCAUACCACUUUUCUCUAUGUGAAGUGGACACAUUGUAUUGAGAGAAUUCGAUUUGGUUUAACUUGCAAACUAGAGAAAUUGUUUGAUUUAAUUCAAACUUGGUUUGUUAUUUGAUUCAAA